AUGCUUCACGUCGCCUUCUUCAUCCACCUGGUGGUGGCGCUCUUUGCCCUCACCUCUGGUGCUACCGAUCUGGCAACCUUUACGGUUACAGAGACGGCUAGCCAGCUUGUUUCUCUUGGUCUUCCUCUCACUGCCACUGUCACUGCUACUGCGGUCACUUCCAACGUCAGCGUCGCCGUCGCCGGCACACUCGUCAGUCCAUCUGUCGUCGCCACGCUCACUGAAACUGUCUCUACUGGUUUGACUUCCAACGCGACUGUGACUGAUGACACUGCAAAUUCCACUGCGGCACACGCAUCAGUUGAAAUCUCUACCGGAACGACCACUACUGUGACCAGCACUAGGUCCCUUACUUCCACCAUUGUUCUCGGUACCAACUCCUCCACUGCCACUGUUGCCAGUAUCUCGACUGCAACUUUUGCCAAUACCUCCACUGUGACCAUUGCCAACACCUUGACUGCAACUGUGGUCAACGUUUCCACUGUGACUGCUGUGAAUACCUCGACUUUUACUGUCGCGAAUACUUCAGUCUCCGCACACCCAACUGCUCCAGUCUCAGUCCCUCUCCCUCUGUUGCCUCCAUUUGUCAAUACUACAUCCACAGUCACAGUGACUGCGAACUGCACCGACAAUAAUGGCAGCUUUGGCCAUACAGUGACCCAGACAUCCUAUGUCAGCGGUGGGUUGGUCUCGGUGUCUCGUACGACAUCUGUUCCUUUCAGCGACCCUGUUUCGGGCCACAAUGUGUCGACCAUGUUCGACCAGUCCAGCACCGUCAAUAUUGGCAGUAUCAUCCCAUUGAACGCAUCCACUACAGUGGUGCGCACUCUGACCGUCAUCCCCCGUCCUGCUGUCACAGCUACCGCUUCAUCUGUGUCCGUCUCUGCAUCGGUGUCUGGCGCAGUUGCAGUCAGUACUGUCUUGACUAGCAGUACCAGUACUAGCACUGAGAUUAUGACCAUCACUGCCAGCGGUCCUGGUGUUGCAACUAAUCAUACCUCUUCUGCCGGACUGAGCACCUUGACGACCAGCUUGAUGAGCACCCAGACUUUGACUGCAACUGCUAGCAUUCCAGCCACUACCACCAUUCACACCUCUUCUGCCGGAUUGAGCACCUUGACGACCAGCUUGAUGAGCACCGAGACUGUGACCAUCGUAGCCAGCAUCACAGCUACUACUGCGCACCCUGCAACCGCAACUGCAACCACCGAGUCAAGCACUUUGACCACCAGCCUGACAACCACUGUGAUUCCUCUGGUAUCUACAUCAAUCCGCACCCUGACCAACACUGAUACUGUGUCAUUGUCAUUAUCGAUUUUGUCGACCGCAGUCCCUGCCACCACCAGUGUUGUGACCAGCAGCAUUACGAGCACCAAGACUGUGACCAUUCCGGCCAUCAAUACUGCUCCUGCUUCUGCUUCUACUGCAGCGACAUCAGUUCUCUCCGGUUCCGAUGUGACCACCACCCUGACCAAGACCACCAUAGUCACGGUGACACCAGCAUCUAUCAGUAUCGCGUCUCUUGCGUCGCCGAGCACUGUCGCGGCUUCUAGUGCGCAAGACUCAGACACCUCUACUACAGUCACGCAGACACAGACCCUGACGAUCGUGGCGAGCACUCCUCUUACAACCCAGACUGUGACUGUUGUUGCAAACACCACUGGCGCCGGCACCAUUACGCAGUCCGGUCUUGCUGGAAAUGCCACCACCUUCGACACCACCAUCCAGUCUCUGACCACUAUCACCCAGGAGAACGUGACGGUCACUGUGACUGCUGCUGCUACCACUGUUGUCUUUACGACUUUGACCACCUCGGUGUCUGGCAAUGCUUCUGUAUCUGGAUCUGCAGGUACAGCCACAUCCACAUCUACCAUCACCCAGACUUUCAAUCAGACUCAGCAUACCGGCACAGCCAUUGGCACUGGUACUGGAACUGGAACUGGUAUAGUCAUCGGCACUGGGAUUGGUCUUGACACUCAGUCCAUCGGCAGCACUACCUUCCACCCCAUUCCCGUUCCCGCUCCGAUCUCAGCCACCCCGUCCAUCUGGCCACCGAUCACUCCAUCCACAGGCGGAGCCGGUCGCGCAGUCACCCCACCUGGCUUCUUCAAGCGGAUUGCUCGUCUAGUCGCCGUUGUCCAAGGAGUCGAGAAAGUCGAGAGCGAGAAAGUUGUUGUCGAAUCGAGCGGCGGAAGUGUCACUGCCAAUGCCAAUGUCUCCACGACCUGCACUACCAGCGGCACCACUGCUAUCCAGUCCAACGGCAGCACCACCAUUACGGAAGUGCCGACUCCUUCUGUCUCAGCAUCUGCAUCUACAGGAGCCGUCAACCCAACUUCCACUUCGACAACUACCGUCGUUUCUGCCAUCACCACCACUCGCUCCACGACCACCGUGACGGCCUUUGUGACUUCCCACACCACUGUUCCGGUAGUCAAUACUACUACAGUUCCACUGUCGGUGUCGGCGCAUCAGAUCAACGGUACUACUACUACUCAGAUUACUGGCACUGCCAAUGCCACGAUUAAUGCCACGACUGGUACUACGGCGACGAUUACUACCAUUUCACACAAUGGUACUUCUACCGGCUCAAGCACUAGCACUGGUACCGGCACCGGUACUGGCAACCAUACUGCUACCACUACGGCUACCAUGACAGCUACUGGUCUUCCUCUCAGUGAAAACAACGGGACUCUCGUCCUGAAUACCGUCUCCGCCACCACCAAUGCCAUCAGCAAUGCUACCAGCACCACCAACGCUACCAAUGCCUCCUUGAACGCCUUUGGCAAUCUAGCUCCGUUCCCGACUCUGCCUAGCACCGCUGAUCUUACUCCUACUCCGGCUGUGACGGUCCACGAGAGUGCGAGUGAUAGCAGCAGCGUCGCAACCACUACCACCCAUACGAGCACCUACACUCCAUCGACAACCAUGACUGCCACCGGUUCUGGUUCCGGUUUUGGCUUUACUACUUCGUCGGGUUCGAGUCUGGCUCACGCCAAUCCGCUGACCAAGUCGUCGAUCAUUGUUGGUGGCUUUAUGCUCGGCGCUGUUGCGGCAUGGCUGGUUGUCAUCUGA